UUUCUAAAAGGAGUGGUGCGAAAAUGAAAGGUUAUGUGUUGAAAUGAUUGGACUCAGCUAAAAAUCAAAGCAGUAUCCUCUCUCAGUCCUCAUUGUUUUCCAAGCAUCUCCAAAUGGCAGACACUGGAUUUCGCAGUUUUGUUUCGCGAGAUCCGAAUUCCGAGUUUCCGGCUGAAUCUGGAAGGUAUCAUCUGUAUAUAUCUUAUGCUUGUCCCUUUGCUUCAAGGUGUCUUGCAUACUUGAAGAUUAAAGGACUCGAUAAAGCUAUCGGUUUCACGUCUACUAAAGCCGAAUAUGGAAAAACGAGCGACACUGAUGAACAUAUGGGAUGGGUUUUCCCUGCUUCAAAUACUGAGGAAGCAGGAGCUGAGCCUGAUCCUUGGAAUGGGGCAAAAAGUAUUCGACAACUUUAUGAUCUUGCAAAUCCUACUUAUGCUGGAAGUUACACAGUACCUGUUCUGUGGGAUAAGAAGCUCAAGACAAUUGUUAAUAACGACAGUUCGCAAAUAAUCCGUAUGCUUAAUUCUGAGUUUAAUGAGUUUGCUGAGAAUGCAGCUCUUGAUUUAUACCCUCUCCACUUGCGAGUACAAAUUGAUGAAACUAAUGAAUGGGUGUAUAAAGGGAUCAAUAAAGGUGUUUAUAACUGUGGCUAUGCAAAAGAGCAAGGGCCUUACGACGAGGCUGUAAAACUGUUGUUUGAAUCUUUUGAUAAAUGCGAGGAGAUACUUGGGAAGCAACGGUAUUUAUGUGGAAACACUCUUUCGGAAGCAGAUAUCCGAUUGUUCGUUAGCCUUAUAAGAUUUGAUGAGGUUUAUGCAAUUCACUACAAGUGCAACAAAAAGCAUUUAAGAGAAUAUCUAAAUCUGUUCAAUUAUACUAAAGAUAUUUACCAAGUUGCUGGUGUGAGCAGCAGUGUAAACAUGGAUCAUAUUAAGCGGCAAUUUUAUCUAACUCAGCGUUCUAUAAAUCCUUCUGGAAUCAUUGCUGUUGGUCCAGGCAUCGACUUUUCAUCGUCCCAUGACAGAGACAAGUUUGGUAAGUAAAGGGCAUUGCACUAUGUAUGUUGAUUCAUACUGUUGGAGACUGCAGAUGUUCUUAUGGUAAGUUAUGUAAAGAACGAAGUCAAAAAGCAUCAUGUUUGUUUUCAGAAUCACUAUUGAAACAACAAAAUGUUUUAAAUUCUUGUAAAAAAUGUAAUGCUUAUUCGUUUGAGCAUUUCCGUUUAUGUGCAAUGUUGUCUAGCAGUACACACGGAAUAAACUUGCGCUUAAAUGAACUUUGUAAAAAAGGUAAUCUUCUACUGCCUGGAUUUGCUUCGUAUCAACAAAUAAAGAGUGAUAUAUAUGUCCUUGAAUGGGAAAAAUAAUUUGAUCUCAA